CUGCCAACAUUCAGUUAAGUGAACUGCGGCCCCAGUUCAUGUUGCUCUGCUACAAACGAAUCGGGGAUCAAGAGCCAGAGCUUUCCGAUGCAACUAGCUUCGUUGGUCACGUAUUACGAACGUCGCACAAGAUAACGACACCCAAAUUGGAGGUCAUUCGAGAAGCAAGGAUGAAGGAAGCGGCUGCUCAAUUCCGGUGUAGCUAUGAGGGACACGUGAGCAACUUAGAAGUAGUUUUGCUUCUCCGGCCAGGGAUUGCUUCAUAUGAUGGAACGUUGCAGAUGGUCGCAAGUACAAAUGUUCAUGUGUCCAGCUCGCUGACCCAUUCGGUCGGCCUAUUAAAUUGGUUAGAGUUGUCCCCACCACUUGAGAAAUCAUAGCUAUAUUGUCUCGUGCGACCACGUGCACACUGGGGAUCAAUAAAUCGCCGCCUCACCGGCUUCCCCGUCUCCUCCGGGCUUGUGCAACUGAGCCAGCCCAUCGACUAUUCUGCACCACAUUCACGUUGCCCUCAAGCACCAUUGUUAAAAACUGCUCCUAAACUGGACGGAAGUUCUAUCGGGGUGAGUAAGAGCACAGUGCAAAUUACGUGCCAGGUCGAUGCCAGUGUUAGGGGAUUGCCUAUGAAAUUGUAUGCGAACACACCUCAGGUUCUACUUGGUUUGUGUAACUCAGACAUACCAGAAGUGAGCGAUACCAUGCUGAAGCUUCCAUGUCAAUUCACGCUAGAGGAGGAUUCGGAUUGUUCACUACUGAUGAACCAGAUCGAAAUGACUAAAACGAACUACACUGUGGACUGUUUUGCUUCACGCAGUAAGAGGUCAAACAACGUGUACCGGGAGAUAGUUUUGAACAUAACGCAUUUGCGCUCAGAUGUUUUCGAUGGCUAUGUGUUUUGUGAAACAAUAGUCCAGAGCCAAAGAUACAAAGAUUACGAAACCGGAGAGAAUGCGUACAAGCGACUGACAAGCGAAGUGGCGCACCUACGUUUACCAUUGGCUCCCGUGAUUGAAACGCUUCUAUUUGACCCACACGAGGAAGUGUGGAAAUGCAUCGGCUCGGCUCACCCGGAAGUCAAGUCCUACCUUGGAAUAAUACAAGUAGACUCUGAGUUGGAGAAUCAGGUAGUGGACACAUACUGGCACAAAGUCAUCCCUGUAGUUCCUGCUUGGCGGCGCCUGGAGCAACUGCCAGCAACUUACCAGUUCGACAUGGAUGAUGUAAUCUAUCAGUGGGAACUUAUCCUGGUGCCCAGACCACCGAUAUGGGAGUUAGCUCCCGAAACCCGCCUCACUGUCCAGUGCAGUUUUGGCAAUGAGUCGGCGAACUUGACCACCUUAAUCCCGGAAAACGUGUACUCCACUCAUUACAGGAAUGCCGGUGGCAAAUUGGAGUUUAAUUGCUUCUUUCGCGAUUCAACCUUGGACCCGAUCAGACAGAUCUCCAUAAACCGCCUCAUACAGCCAGGUUGGCUGGAGUACGAUCUGACGCUGGGAACUGUCAUUGUCGCGGGAUGGAUGGAAGGCAACUGGAGAAAAUUAGACGAGAGCGAGUUGGAGAUACGUGAACUUCAAUUGACCAACGCACAUUUGUGGAGGUUGCAUACCGACAGGGAUGAUAGGAAUUUGCGUAUGACUAUAGAUACACUUCAUAGCACGGAAUUCGACAGUGGAGAAUACUACUGCACGGCGGUGACAGCUAAGAAUGUAUAUUAUAACCUCGCCCCUAUUCCAGCAGCAGUUCGUGGAACUCAACGAGGCAUGUUGUUUGCCCAAAGAGCCCCAGAACUAUCAACUAGAUGGUCAAUAAAAGUACCAUCAGCGGUCGUAUCGAAAAUUCUACAAACCAGAUGCCUGAUAUGGACAACUAACAUCGGUUACAACCCAUCCUUGGAGUUUAAUAGAGUUCCAGCUGAGCAUGAACGACUUUUAAAGCGUAACGUGGUCUUUCGUAAUCAAAGUAGAAUGUCAAUUGUUAAACUAAUGGAAGACUGGUUCCAGGUACUGCGCAGUGACUCUUCAACUGAGGGAGAUCGAAUUGGCUGCACUGUGAGAGAUGAGUCCGGAAGAGAGUCAACAAAAUGGCUCAUCAUGCCAAGCAUGGAAUGUACAGCCCCAGAGUCGGUGUACUGGGAACCGUUCACAUACUCCGAUUACCGACGGUCAGCCAAGUUGCAAUGUCGUGCAAAGGGCGGUUGUGUCUCACCAACACUCACCUGGGCUUGGAUUGCUGGACCGAUUCGGCCUUCGAUUGCAAUGAAAGGAUGGAAUACGUCGAAAGUAUCUGAAGGUGAUAUGCUACACAUGUCACGCCUUCCUGGGCCAGGAGCAUAUGCCUUUGAGUGUGUGGCUUCAUGUGAAUGUUCCGGUUAUCCAUUUAGUACACGUAUCAUAGUCACUUUCUUUGUUGGUGAAUCACUGGUGAAUUACACUUUGUGGAAAGAUGAAUGGCAAAAUGCGACGUCCGAUGAACUCUUCGGAGGCACAUAUAAAAAUGUCGAGAAAGAUACGCAAUCGGAUGUGGACAAAAGUUUUACGGACAUUCCGAAUGAACUCAGAUGGAAACAACUACAUCGCAGUCAGGCGCUUGACUCCUGGGAGUGCCACACAGGUGGAUUAAAUGAAGUCUAUGAGUGUGGAAGUGAAGAGGCAGAUAUGUUGGGUAAGGAUGGCGAGGCGAUGGAUCGGAGUGUAGGACCAGACAUCAGCAAGGAUAGACAACACUUCGAGGGUGGCUACUCAAUCGACGCCGUCGGAAGCACUAGAAAUGCGGAGGCGCAACUCAAGAACAACCCACAAGUGAUCCGAUGGAAUGUAUUGCGCAGGGGACCGGACGCGCGAACCACUUUUCUCCAAGGUAGUCUUCAACUGCGAACUGCUGAUGAACUUGCUCCAUCGAUUAAAAAGCUGCGGCAUACAGAAAGAACUUCAUACACAUUUGGAGAAAUAGCAGGAAAGCACUCCACCCGGCUUGAGAAAGCUAAUGAAUAUGAAAAUCGCGUUGUCAGAGAGUAUCGCAUAGAGGAUUACUUGAAGCAGGUAGUUACGAGAGAGCAUUCGAUACCACAUGUGCCUUCAAAUGUAGAUCCGUUGCCCACAUUCUUAGAAGCCUGGGAGGAGUGGGAUCCAUGGGCAAGAGUAGCUGAAAACGAAUUUGACUCCACGAAAGAGUUUCACGUAGAAGUGCAGAGGAGUGUACUUGAGGCUGAGUUUGCGCAGCAGCGGAAGGAAGUGGAACCUGUGCAUGUUGACAAACCUCUCCACCAAAGGGUAUACAAGAGACGAACGCCCUCAUCUGCUCAAAACCGAAUUCGGUCGAGUGUUGGACACUACUUGCCUACAAAUCAUCCAGUCCCACCGCGUCGAUCAACAUCAAUUCAAUGGUCAUGGGACCCUAAGAUGGAAACAGAUGAAGUGCGGCAACAUUAUGGUUACUCACAAGUGAUUCUGCGACAUCAAAAAUCACUCAGCGAGUUUAGUGAGCACAAUGUCGAAGGCCAACAACAACGUCAGAUGUCAAGGAAACUUCAUACCAAAAACUCUGCCAUGACCGGUGAUGAGCAACUUAACUGGCGUCCUGCAUUUUGGCUAGAUGACACCACAUUCGAACCAGGUCACCAAAUGCGAUCAGAGCAAAAGGAAAUUUGCUCCGGGAGCUGCAACGCUAAACAGGAACAACAUCAAGCAGCGCGCCACGACAGUUUCCGUGCCACACUACACUCACGCAGUUAGCAGGCCUCAAGGUCACCGGUCCAUCGUGACUCGUUUGAAUC